GCCGUCGUCCCUGUGGUGGCGCCGGCCUCGCAGACUGAUAUCGCUGCCGUGGUUGAAUCCCAACCUCCUGUGGCGGGUCAAAUGCCUUCUACCCAGCUCGUCAAAAGACCUUCUGCUUCCCGAGCCCAGAAGCUAACUAUUUCCACCCAUAUGGAUUCGUAUGUGGUGGAUAAUGCUGCCGGUCCUCACGGGUCUACGCUGAUCUCGGAUGUAAUGUCUCGGAUUGGCCAGAGCUACGGCAAUUUUGAGGCUCCUCAGUGGCAGUGUCUAACUGGCACUCGGGACCGCACUGUCCUGUACGAGAAGAGUAUCGAGCACACUGCCGCGGCUCUUGCUUUCACUGCCCAGCUUAAUUACGAGCUGAACAACGAGGUCCAUUCGAGCAGGACCCUCGCCCAAGAGGAGAGGGACCUCCACCUUAAAGCGAAUGACGACCUGAAGGCAGUGAAUACUAAGCUCGAGGCAGUGGUUAAGGAGCGUGAGGAAAUGGCUGAAGAUGAUUUUGAAUUUUAA